AUGACGUGUUACAGUGUUGGUGUCGAUAAGAACGGUCACGUUGAAAUCAUAGCCAACGACCAAGGGAAUCGUAUCACACCAUCAUGGGUGGCUUUCACCGAUUCCGAGAGGUUAAUUGGUGAGGCAACAAAGAAUCAAGCGGCUGAAUAUGCAUGUUUGGGUUGCGAAUGGAGUUAUAUAAAUUCACUAAAAGAGGCCACAUAUAUAAUUCAUGGAAGCAGCAAGAAUGUUAUGAACAUGUCUCAUCCUGAUCAAGUUGAGCUGUGGCGUUCUGUUAUGAGCGGUAAACUUGAGACAUACAAUCGUAUUUCAUCUAAGCUAAAACUUGGAAUAAUUGGAGACGAAUUUUCUGGAAAACCGAACCUGUCUCCUUUGAAAGGUCAGCAGGGUGUUAAUGAUACAGAGGCAACUGCUGCACGGAAAGCAAGUAGGGUCCCUGUUCGCUUGUAUCUCUGGAUUGUCGAUAAAGAUUUUGACGAUUUAGAAGAAGCACCAAAUUUUGAUAGGUGGGACCAAGUUUCUUACAUAAACCGGCCUGUUGAAUUUUACACAGAAGGGAAGUAUUUCACUUUGCUUGAUGCAGUAAAAUCAAUUCUGCCAGAAUUUUAUCCGGGUUCGUUAAACACAACAAAAGCUGAAAGCAAGGACGAGCCAGGAACUGAACCAGAAAACGAAAGUCAUCCUGUCAUAAAAUUGCUUCGAAUUCAAGGCAUUGAACCCAAAAUGGAAAUUCCAUUUUCUUGGGUGGUCAACAACUUGAUGAACCCUGAUUACUUCCUUCAUAUCUGCCUCUACAUCAAGCCUCCCAAACCGAUUGGUACAUGACGCGUGUUUGUCUUUAUGUACACUGCCCUCCGUUCUUGGGUUUAUACGGUUCGUCAACUGAAAAGUAUGCAUCAAACUGUACAGAAUAGUAACAUGUCUGUUGGGUAAAUUAUUACCAUUUAACUCAUUUAGUGAAAAAAGGUUGUAUUUUUUU